CAUAAUUGCACUAACUUUUUAUUAAUAGCCGCUCUUUUGUUGAUCCUAAUGAAAACUAUCUCUUCUAGAUGGCAUAAAGAGAGAGUUCUCAAACAAAGACUAUGAUCAUCCAAAAGAAGAAAAUCUUGAAAUGAAAAGCCAAGACCUUGCAAAACUUAAAGAAAGUAUUGAAAUGGAUUACCAAGAUUCUGAUUUAGAUAUUUCAACUGAAGAAAAUCCUCAUGACGAGUUAGAGGAGUUUAACAGUAAAGUACCAGAAGCCAAUAGCUCUGAAAAUAUUAACACGAAUAAUGCAAUUGCGAACACAUUUUUACUUAUAGUGGACAAUUCCUUUUCUAAUGAAGGAAUACCUGCCUUUUCUAAUGAAGGAAUACCUGAUCCGCCUUCAGAAACCCUACCAGGGAUAAGAGAGGGGACUUCCUUUUACCAUGACGGCAGAGGGUAUUAUUAUGAUAAAGAUAAAAUUUGUGGGACCAGAAGACUCCUCAAAUGUGUCAGGAUUUGUAAGAAGCCUAAAUGUAGAGCCAGAGCUACUAUGCGGAAUGAAGAGGGCUCUCCUAUUUAUGCAACGGGACUUCACAAUCAUCCUCCUGACCUCAAUUUUAAAGAACAGAGGCUAGCUAUACACAACUUGAAACAGCGAAUCAGAAUGGAGCCUGACAAAUCCAUAAAUGAGAUAUUGGAGGAGGAAUCAACAAAUGUUAAUAUACAGAAGAUUCUUACCGACCCGAGGGAGACCGAGAACCUAAGGAGGACAUUAAAGAGAGAAAAAUUAAAGGUGACACGCCAAGAAGAGCAGAGACGGCUUAAAGAGCAAGAUACACCAGAUGAAGAACUUGUUUACUUUGGAUGAAUUUGGAUUUUUAUACUUGCACUAAUAAUACUAUUUUGUAUUAAAAAACUUUCAAUUUUAUAACUUUAAUAAGCAAAUAUACUGAAUCAAAUAAAUGUGUUUCCUUGCUUGUCAUGUGUAUUUUACAUCCAUACUCAAAUAAACACACCAUAAAAUUGAAAAUCAUGUCACAUUUU